AGAAGUUUAGUAAUUAGUUGAUUCAAUGUAUUGUAUUUCAGUUUACGUUCGAUUGUAAUGGCUGAGUUUCCGUGAUAUCUGGCUGUAAAGACUGCCAUGCCUGUAUCACCGGUCAUUAGAAAAAUUUUUAAAAAAAACGGCGGGCUGGAAAACUAAGGUCACGUGGUCAGUCUAAAAGCGGUGGUAAAUCUCUAUAUUGAUUCGCUACAAGUUUGAUUUGUGUCAAACCACAAUAACGACACUAUUGUUUGUCCAUUAGGGACGCGAUCUAUUAAGGUUCCACUCAGAACCUCAUUUUAGUCAGUUGUCUUGCUUUGGUCAAACUAUUAGUCGUGUUUAUCGGAAGAGGGUUUUUGUUCACCUUGAAGUUCGUUUUGGUUAAACUAUUUCAAGCGGGAAUGUUAUUUUACGUUGGAUUAUCGACGGACCAGUAAAGCAUUUCCCGCACGCAAAAUUCAACGCGACAAGGUGUUGAGAAGUGACCUUUGGCUCUACAAAAGUCGCCACGAACCUGGUGUUAUAACAUUCAAUCGAAACAUGGCGCUGUUUAAUCUCGACCUUUGUUUCCGGGUAGCUUUUCUCGCUGCACUUCUUCCCCUAACUGCAGGUAUGACUGCUUGCGUCACUGAUUUUUCUGUCUCCUUUGGAGUCUGCAUUGAUUUGGGUCUUGGAGUGGGAAGUGGAACAAUUCAAGAUGGUCACAUAACUUCUUCUUCUGUACAAAAUGCCAGUACACCAGCCAAGAAUGGUCGUCUGAACUACACAUCGGGAUCAUCAUGGUGUGCAGGAACCAAUGACACUAACCCAUAUCUACAGAUCGAUCUACAGACACUUCAUAUCAUCUGUGCGGUUUCAACUCAAGGGAAUUCUCGAGCAGAUCAGUGGGUGAAGAACUACACACUGCAAUUAUCCACAAAUGGAACAACUUGGACAGAUUAUAAGGAGGGUGGAAAAGCUAAGGUUUUGAUAGGAAACGAUGACAGAAACUCAGAAGUGAAGCAUGCUAUUUAUGGAGUGUUAACGAGAUAUCUGCGAUUCCUGCCAAAAGUUUACCAGGGCGGGGUGUGUAUGAGAACAGAGAUGUUUGGGGUAGAAAAAACGUCAGCUUGUGAUAUGAGGGCCAUUGGUUUAGUUGACGGUGGUAAAAUUCCUGACAGCAGCUUUACGGCCACCUCAAUAUUUAAUAGUAGGUAUCAAGCUCAAUAUGGUCGGCUAAAUAAAACUAAAGCAUGGGCACCCAAGGAUGAAAACAAUACUUUCGACUACCUACAAGUUGACCUGCUGUAUGAGCAUAUCAUCUGUGCAGUGGCUACUCAGGGAAAUCCAAAACAUGAUGUAACAGAAUGGACCACACAUUACAAGAUACGUUUUUCUCUUAAUGAUGCCAGUUUUGACACAUACAAAGAAAACAGUAACGACAAGGUCUUUCCUGGAAAUACAGACAAAGACAGCAUUGUUAUCAAUAGUCUUGAUGAAUUUGCAAGUGCAAGGUUCAUCCGCUUUGUGCCGACACAAUAUCAUGGGUGGAAAAGUCUGAGAGUGGAAGUAUAUGGAGUACUUAUAAAUAAAGUUCCGUCACAUCCUCCUGUUUCUCCACUGGAAGUGAGUACCAAGGAAGGAGGAGUCUGCACUGAUUUGAAUCUUGGAGUGGGAAGUGGAACAAUUCAAGAUGGUCACAUAACUUCUUCUUCUGUACAAAAUGCCAGCACACCAGCCAAGAAUGGUCGUCUGAACUACUCAUCUGGAUCAUCAUGGUGUGCAGGAACCAAUGACACUAAUCCUUAUCUACAGAUCGAUCUACAGACACUUCAUAUCAUCUGUGCGGUCUCAACUCAAGGGAAUUCUCAAGCAGAUCAGUGGGUGAACAACUACACACUGCAAGUAUCCACAAAUGGAACAACUUGGACAGACUACAGGGAGGGUGGAAAAGCUAAGGUUUUGAUGGGAAAUGACGACAGAAACUCAGCAGUGAAGCAUGCUAUUUAUGGAGUGUUAACGAGAUAUCUGCGAUUCCUGCCAAAAGUUUACCAGGGCGGGGUGUGUAUGAGAAUAGAGGUGUUUGGGGUAGAAAAAAUGUCAGCUUGUGAUAUGACUACCAUUGGUCUGGCUGACGGUGGUAAAAUUCCAGACAGCAGCUUCACAGCCACCUCAAUAUUUAAUAGUAGGUAUCAAGCUCAAUAUGGUCGACUGAAUAAAAAUAAGGCAUGGGCACCCAAGGAUAAAAACAAUACUAACGACUACCUACAAAUUGACCUGCUGUAUGAGUAUAUCAUCUGUGCAGUGGCUACUCAGGGAAAUCCAAAAUAUGAUGUAACAGAAUGGACCACACAUUACAAGAUACGUUUUUCUCUUAAUGAUGCCACUUUUGAAACAUACAAGAAAAACAAUAAUGACAAGGUCUUUCCUGGAAAUACAGACAAAGACAGCAUUGUUAUCAACAGUCUUGAUGAAUUUGCAAGUGCAAGGUUCAUCCGCUUUGUGCCGACACAAUAUCAUCUAUGGAAAAGUCUUAGAGUGGAAGUAUAUGGAGUACUUCUAAAUAAAGUCCCAUCGCAUCCUCAUGUUUUUCCUCAAGAGAGAGUAGCAGUGAGUACCAAGGAAGGAGGAGGUUGUGUUGAAUAUUACCUCGGAAUGGAAAAUAGAACAAUCCUAGACAAUGAAAUAAGUGCUUCCUCUGAGCAAAAUGGCGGUACACCAGCCAAGAAUGGUCGACUGAAUUACACAUUAGGAUCAUCGUGGUGUGCAAGAACCAGUGACACUAACCCAUAUCUACAGAUUGAUCUAAAGACACUUCAUAUCAUCUGUGCUGUGUCCACGCAAGGGAAUUCUCAAGCAGAUCAGUGGGUAAAGAACUACACACUGCAAUUAUCCACAAAUGGGAAAACUUGGGAAGACUAUAAGGAAGGUGGAAAAAUUAAGAUUUUAGUAGGAAAUGACGACAGGAACUCAGAAGUGAAGCAUGUUGUUUAUGGAGUGUUAACAAGAUAUCUGCGAUUUUUGCCAAAAACACACCAAGGUGGGGUGUGUAUGAGAACAGAGGUGUUUGGAGUAGAAAAAACGUCAACUUGUUAUAUGAAUCCCAUUGGUUUGGCUGACGGUGGUAAAAUUCCGGACAGCAGCUUCACAACCACCUCAAUAUAUAAUAGUAGGUAUCAAGCGCAAUAUGGUCGGCUGAAUAAAAAUAAGGCAUGGGGACCCAAGGAUAAAAACAAUAUCAAUGACUACCUGCAAAUUCACCUGCUGUAUGAGUAUAUCAUCUGUGCAGUGGCUACUCAAGGAAAUCCACAAAGUGAGGUACCAGAAUGGACCACACAUUACAAGAUACGUUUAUCUCCUACUGAUACCACUUUUGACACCUACAAAGAAAACAAUGAGGACAAGGUUUUUCCUGGAAAUAAAGACGAACACCGCACCGUAAAAAACAGUCUUAAUUACUUUGCAAGUGCAAAGUACAUCCGCUUUGUGCCAACACAAUUUCAUGUCUGGAAAAUUCUUCGAGUAGAGGUAUAUGGAAUACUCCUAACUAAAGUUCCAUCGCAACCUCCAGCUGCCUUCAAGUUAACUGCAAGCUCCUCUACCAGCAUUACAGCCCAUUGGCAGUUACCACCAGUAUUUGCCAGACAUGGAAGAAUCCAAGGGUUUAAACUGUUUUACAGAGAGAUCUCUGCAGGUUCUUUUGCCUUCUUGAAUAUUGCCAGUGGAUCAACAUUAGGCAGACUUGUAACUGGGCUUCAUAAGUACAAAAAAUAUGAAUUUCAAGUGUUGGCCUACACAUCUGUUGGUGAUGGACCAAAAAGUUCUGUUGAGGUGGAAAGAACAAUGGAGGAUGUUCCUUCACUGCCUCCUAGUGACUUUAUUUUGACUGCAACCAAUUCUUCCAGUAUAUCAGCAUCCUGGCAGUUACCACCAGAAAACUCCACAAAUGGAAUCAUCAGAGGAUUUAAAUUGUUCUACAAAGAGAAAGGCUCUUCAGGGCCCACAUGCAUGUUUCUCAUUAGCAAUCCGGCAACUCGCAUUCAAGAGGUCACUGGGCUAACUGAGUACGCUGAAUACGAAUUUCAAAUAUUAGCAUUUACUUCUGUUGGGGAUGGACCAACAAUUACAGUUGUUUUUAACACAAAGGAGGCUGGUAAACCUAUUAUCAAAGAUCUGCCUAAAAGAACUAUUACAGCAGUCGGUGAACUAGUAGUGUUGACUUGUGAGGUUAGUGGAGACCCUGAGGCUUCUGUUACCUGGACCAAAGAUGGACUUACAAGAAUACCUCGAGCUCAGUUGGAGAACAACGCCAAAAUACUUAUUGUAAAAGAUGUUGUUCCUGGUGACAGUGGCGUUUAUGAAUGUAAAGCAGUGAACAUGUUUGGAGAGAGCCGUACAGCUACGAUAGUCAUUGUCGCUGUGCCACCCAGAAUUAUCGAAGAGUUUUCCCCUUCAUUAGUGAUGUGUGAAAAGCAAACUCCGUGUCUUCUCUCUUGUCAAGCAACAAGCUACAUUCCGUUUAACUUCUCGUGGACGAAAGAUGGUGAGGUUCCCACCGGUGAUAACAUGAAGUUAUCGAAUAACAGUAUCAUUGUCACGCCACGGAAUAGACGAGAUUAUGGGGAUUAUCUGUGCCACGCUACAAACAGCUUUGGGUCAACAGAGUAUAAAAUCACUCUGCUUGCUCCUAAGGAUAAUCAGCAUGAUGAUGGUAAACCUAUCAUCAAAGAUCUGCCUAAAAAAACCAUUACAGCAAUUGGCGAACUUGUAGUGUUGACUUGUGAGGUUAGAGGGGACAAUGAGGCUUCUGUUACGUGGUUCAAAGAUGGACUUACUAGGAUACCUCGCGCUCAAUUGGAGAACAACGGCAGAAGACUUAUUAUAAAAGAUGUUGUUCCUGGUGAUAGUGGCGUUUAUGAAUGUAAAGCAGUGAACAUGUUUGGAGAGAGCCGUACAGCUACGAUAGUCAUUGUCGCUGUGCCACCAAGAAUUAACGAAGAGCUUUCCCCUUCUUCAGUGAUGUGUGAAAAGCAAACUCCGUGCUUCCUCUCAUGUCAAGUAACAAGUUAUAUUCCGUUGAACUUCUCGUGGACGAAAGAUGGCCAGGUUCUAACUGGUGCUAACAUGAAGUUAUUGAAUAACAGUGUCAUUGUCACGCCGCGGGAUGGACGAGAUUAUGGGGAUUAUGUGUGCCACGCUACAAACAGCUUUGGGUCAACAGAGUAUAAAAUCACCCUGCUUGCUCCUAAGGAUAAUCAGCAUGAUGAUGAUACACAAAGCAUCUUCGCUGCCAGUGUCACCUCAUUGUCUUGUAUUGUGGUCGUGUUGCUCAUUAUAAUUUGUGGGCUGAUAUGGCGGCGAAGACGAGCUGUUCCUUAUAAAAGGAUGCAAACUGAAACAGAAAUUGACUCGGAUGGCGUCAAAUCUUCAGCUGAUCAACAGUCAAGCGACGAACAAGCUUCAAACCUCAAAACAUAUGUGGAACUCAAACCCUUGUCUUCGAACCAGGAGUCUCAUAUUUCUUUCUGAGUAUCAGUCGUUACAGGAAAAACUCGAGAGUCCCGGAUAUUACAAUAUGGUGCUUCAGCAAGAAAAUGGCAGGAAAAAAAUUAAGAAGUGUUUGAGGAAAUAUGAUAAUCCUUAUACUGAUUUUUUUUAUCUGUUUAGUUAAGAUUAUCCGUUCUGUUUUAUAUUAUAAGCUUAACUAUAAACGUAUUCUGAUUUGGUCUUAGUUACACGUAGGAUCUAAUGGAGGACAGAUGUAUAGAUGACGUCACCAUUAACAACAUCUUGCUUCUUCAUUGUAUAAAACAAUUGCAUUCUGUUCUGUAAUGAGUCACGAAAGACCUCAAAAUUUUUUAAGAACGUCAGUGCAACUCUCGGCUAAAAAUCGUGCGCCACUUUUGUAUUUUCACCCCAUUUUGACGUCAUCUGUCAUCAAAAACGGAACGAACAGACGCACGGCAACAUGGGAUCUAAUUGUUAACUAGGAACGGUAGUUUAGUUUGUGACGCAAUUUUUGUUCUUGUCUCACUGAAAGAAGUAAUAAAAAACUAGGCAAUAAA